GCCUCUCUACGACAGAGAAGAACUCUAUGGUCUCUCUUUCUCCUCGCUCUCCCCCCUCGUCAGGGGCUCCUCUCGACGCCGACGUCAUCGGGAGCGGACACCGGCGGGAGCGGGCGACGCUCCGUCGCUUCCUCCUCCUCCUCCCCCCUCCCCCUCAGAACGGUUGUGUGAGGAGGAGAGCGAGCGCCAGGCCGGCCGCCGCCGCGCUAAGGUUGAAGCCUCGCGGGCUUCCGUCGCUCCAGGGAGGAGGAGGCCGCUCCGCAGCAGCAGCCGCAGCCCUCGCCGGCCACCGUCCGCCCGCGCGAAGCUUCUCGGCGGAGCCUCUCUCCGCCGCCGCCCGCCCCCUCCCCGGGCUCCGUUCUCCUCACUGCCGUCCCUUUUCCCCUCAGGCGAUGGAGCGGCGGGGCCGCAGGCGGCGCGGCGGCCUCCUCGCCCUCGCCCCAGCCUGGCUGGCCGCCGUCCUGCUCCUCCUGCUGGGUCCGGCGGCCGGGGCCGGGGUGGCAGCCGGAGCCGGAGCGGCCGCCGAGGCGAAGGAGUGCGACAAGCCGUGCGCCAACGGAGGGCGCUGCCAGCCCAGCACCGGCCAGUGCGAGUGCCCGCCGGGAUGGGUCGGCGACCAGUGCCAGCACUGCGGGGGCCGCUUCCGGCUUACUGGAAGUUCGGGGUAUGUAACAGAUGGACCUGGAAACUAUAAAUACAAAACGAAAUGCACAUGGCUUAUUGUGGGAAGGCCGAACUCGAUUCUUAGGCUCCGUUUUAAUCAUUUUGCGACGGAAUGCAGCUGGGACCACUUGUACGUAUAUGAUGGAGAUUCGAUUUAUGCUCCAUUACUGGCUGCUUUUAGUGGCCUGAUCGUUCCCGAGAGGGAGAGCAACGAGACGGUCCCAGAAGUUGUAGCCACCUCUGGUUAUGCUCUCCUCCAUUUCUUCAGCGAUGCCGCAUAUAACUUGACAGGAUUUAACAUCACCUACAACUUUGAUGUCUGCCCUCAUAACUGCUCUGGCAGAGGGGAGUGCAGGGUCACCAACAGCAGCAAAGUGGUUGAAUGUGAGUGUUCAGAACAUUGGAAAGGAGAAGCCUGCGACAUUCCAUUCUGCCCAGACGACUGUGGCUCCCCAGAGAGAGGGCUGUGCAACGUGAAUGGUACCCAAGGAUGUGUUUGCAACUUGGGUUGGCAAGGUACAGACUGCUCAGUACCUGUCCCAGCAAACCAGUCGUUCUGGACUCAGGAGGAAUUCUACAUCCCCAAACUUCCUAGAGCAUCUCAUAAAGCCGUAGUCCAAGAUGAUGUCAUGUGGGUAGUUGGUGGUUACAUGUUCAACCACACGGAUGCUCAAAUGGUUUUGGCGUAUAAUCUUCUUUCCGGAGAAUGGCUGCCCCUGAACAGCAGCGUGAAUGCAGUUGUGAUCAGAUACGGGCAUUCCCUGGACAUACACGAAAAUAAAAUCUACAUGUAUGGAGGCAAGAUAGAUGAAUCUGGAAACGUGACCAGUGAGCUCUGGGUGUUCCAUAUUGCAAACCAGUCAUGGGUUCAGGUGACCCCGAAGACCAAGGAGCAGUACGCUGUCGUUGGCCACUCAGCCCACAUUGUCACGCGGGAUGACGGCUCUGUUGUGAUGCUGGUCAUCUUUGGGCACUGCCCUCUUUAUGGAUACAUCAGCAACGUGCAGGAAUACAACCUGGCCACAAAUACAUGGAAUAUUCUGCAAACAACGGGAGCCUUAGUUCAAGGAGGCUAUGGCCACAGCAGUGUGUAUGAUCCAAACACCAAGUCCAUCUACGCUCACGGAGGUUACAAGGCGUUCAGUGCCAACAAAUACAGACUAACAGACGAUUUAUACCAGUAUGAAGUCAAUAAGGGCAGGUGGACAAUUCUCAGAGACAGCAAGUUCUCCCGAUACCUGCAUUCUGCUGUGAUCAUUAGUGGCACCAUGCUGGUGUUUGGAGGAAACACACACAAUGACACUUCCAUGAGCCAUGGCGCCAAGUGCUUUUCUUCAGAUUUCAUGGCCUAUGAUCUAGCUUGCGAUUGUUGGUCCGUGCUGCCUCAACCUGACCUCCCUCACGACGUCAACAGAUUUGGACACUCUGCUGUGCUGAGCAACAACAAUAUGUAUAUAUUUGGAGGUUUUAACAGCCUGCUGUUGAGCGACAUUGUGAAAUACACACCGGAAAGCUGCGAAGCUUACAGCAAUGCAACCUCUUGCUCGGGGGCAGGCCCCGGGCUGCGAUGCGUGUGGAACAGCUCCACCCUCCAGUGCCUCCCGUGGGAACUGGCCACACAGCAGCAAGAGCAAAAAGCUGCUGAGGAAUGCCCUUGCUGGACAGCUGUGGACCAUGACAAAUGCGAUCAGAUAACAGACUGCUACAGCUGCACGUCCAACACAAACCGGUGCCAUUGGUGCACCGACCAGUGUGUGUCAAGGAAUAGCAACUGCUCAGAAGACCAGACUCCCAUUGCUGCGUUUGAAAAUUGCCCCAAGGAUAACCCUGCGUUUUACUGUAACAAGAAGACGAGCUGUAAGAGCUGCAGCCUGGAUCAGAACUGUCAGUGGGAAGGUCGGAAUCAAGAAUGCAUUGCUUUGCCUGAGAACAUCUGUGGGGCCACCUGGCACUUGGUGGGCAACUCUUGCCUGAGACUCACGCAAACUAAAGAUAGCUACGACAAUGCAAAGCUGAACUGCCGGAGCCACAAUGCCGCUCUGGCGUCGCUCACCACCCAGAAGAAGGUGGAUUUCCUUCUUAAAGAACUCCAGAAAACACAGUCAUCGCCGAAAGCCCUGACGCCCUGGGUUGGGCUGCGGAAGAUCAACAUAUCGUACUGGUGCUGGGAAGACAUGUCUCCCUUCACGAACACCUCACUCCAGUGGCUGCCUGGGGAGCCAAGCGACAUUGGGUUCUGCAGCUACUUGGCGGUGCCAAACAACCAAGGGCUGAAAGCAGCAACAUGCAUCAACCAAGUCAAUGGCAGCGUCUGCGAAAGGCCUGCCAACCACAGUGCCAAGCAGUGCCGUACCCCCUGUGGCCUGAGAACGGUGUGCAGCGAAUGCACCAGCAGCAACUCUGAGUGUAUGUGGUGCAGCAACAAGAAACAGUGCGUGGACUCCAGUGCUUAUGUGGCCUCUUUCCCUUAUGGCCAGUGCAUGGAGUGGCAUACCGUGAGCAGCUGUCCACCUGAAAACUGUUCUGGCUACUUCACUUGUGGGCACUGUCUGGAGCAGCCUGGCUGUGGCUGGUGUACGGAUCCCAGUAAUACAGGCAAGGGGAAGUGCAUUGAAGGCUCUUCCAGAGGUCCAGUGAAGAUGCCACCUUCACCUCCACCAGCAACAGGAAAAUCCUACCUAGAGCCUAUCCUUGAUGUCAGCAUGUGCCUGGCUGAGAACAAAUACAACUGGUCCUUUAUUCACUGUCCAGCCUGCCAGUGUAACGGGCACAGUAGAUGUGUCAAUGAGAGCAUCUGCGAGAGGUGUGAGAACCUGACGACUGGCAAGCACUGUGAAACCUGCAUCUCUGGUUACUAUGGAGACCCCACAAAUGGAGGCACCUGUCAGCCUUGCAAGUGCAAUGGCCAUGCUUCUAUCUGCAACGCAAACACAGGGAAGUGUUUUUGCACCACAAAAGGAAUCAAAGGAGAGGAGUGCCAGCUGUGUGAGGUCGAAAACCGAUACCAAGGCAAUCCUCUCAAAGGAACGUGCUACUACACUCUCCUUAUCGACUAUCAGUUCACCUUCAGCCUUUCGCAAGAAGAUGAUCGUUAUUACACAGCAAUCAAUUUUGUAGCGACGCCCGAAGAGCAAAACAGAGACCUGGACAUGUUUAUCAAUGCUUCUAAAAACUUCAACCUCAACAUCACUUGGUCAACAAGUUUUGCAGCUGGCACCCAGGCAGGGGAGGAGAUUCCGGUGGUUUCAAGGAGCCAAAUCAAGGAGUACAAGGACAGCUUCUCCAAUGAGAAAUUUGACUUCCGCAACAAUCCCAAUAUCACUUUCUUUGUCUACGUGAGCAACUUCACCUGGCCAAUAAAGAUACAGAUUGCAUUUUCACAGCACAGUAACUUUAUGGACCUGGUACAGUUCUUUGUCACCUUUUUCAGCUGUUUCUUGUCUCUGCUCCUCGUGGCCGCUGUGGUUUGGAAGAUUAAGCAGAGCUGCUGGGCGUCGCGGCGGAGAGAGGGCAAAAAUGUCUCUGUCGACUCGGAUGCUGACAUGUUGGAAGCAGAAAUGCUGACGAGCUGAGACAAGAGUGCUGCAGUCUGACGAAGAUACGAGUUUGGUUAUUCCAUGUGGCUAGCAGCCCUGAGCAGCCUUCGUGAAUUUCUCUGGACUCUGAUAAGGCUCAAGAACGUGCCAUUAAUCACCUAAAACUGGUGGAGAAUUGUUUCUGCAGGUGCCUCUCCGCUGGCCUGUCCUUUACCCAAAGCGAGACUGAAUUAACAGUGAGAAAAGAAGGCAGAAAAAUUGGGGUGCCAAGGGGUGGGGAUGGAAAAAGACUGCAGCUCCAUGCUAGAGCUCACUUUUUCUUCUCACUUGAUUUCACUGCUUAGCUCCCGUUUUGCUAUCAUAUAUUUUUGCUUGUUCUAGGCCUCCUGGGGUCCAGUUUGCCCUUUGCUUUUCUCUUUGCAAGAAGAAGGGGUUUCAUGCUUUGAGCUUGUCCCUCCUUCCACUUUUGAAGUGUUUUGUGGCAAUUUUUUCUGUGAAUCUGCCUUUUGGGGCACAAGCUUUGGUUCAUGAACAAUUCUGAACAGAUUUGGCUUCUGUAGUUUUUAUACAUAAAUAAUUCUUGUUUUAUUUUUGCUUACUCCCCGGUGAGGUUUGAACCACACUAUUUUAUUUUUUGAUCUUUUUCUCCUCCAUGCAUUGGGUCCUGAAUUAAUCUCUCCACUCCUCCUGGAAUCCGCAGAAACUUGUUCCUUUGAACCCCUACCUGGAAACACAGAUUUAGCAUCUCCUCUUCUUCUGCUUAACUUUUAAGAUUAAUUUGCUAUAUAAGCAAAGCUUUUAACUGCUAUUGACUAGUGGGUGAUCUGGAAGGUAAAUCAAAGCAGAGAUUAAGUAAAUAAAAAUUACUUCUAAGUUUUGCUUGCCGUAAUUGUUGACUGCAAUAGAACAGAAAUAUUGGAAGUAUCAGAUAAAAUGACAAAGUAAAGUUUUAAGAGUGAAAUCUUUAGAUUGAAUAGCAUUAAGCCACAAGGCAGAAUAUUCUGUUUUGUUACCCAUGUAAUCAUUACAUUCUAUUUUUACCUGCAUACACUGUUCCUUACAGUUGUGUAUAAUAAGCCUUUUUCCACUUUGAUAUUCUUUGUGGAUUAUCCUUGCAUUUUUCAUCAUGCAAAAUGGUUUUCUGCUUGGGUAUUUUAAAUAAAUUUUCUAUAUUG